AGAGAGCUCCCUGGGAUGGGAUUGGAUACCAUUAACUGUGUGUUUGACGACCCCAUAGAUUACCUUGUGGAGCGCCCGCAAUCGAGCAACAACAUGCUGCACUCGACAAGGGAUGACAAGAUACCUGUAGUCAACAACUUAAUGGACACCGGUCAGGACACGGAGAAGAGGCUGUACUUUGCAGAUGGGAAGAGGAAAGUGGACUAUGUGCUGGUCUAUCACUAUAGGAGACGCACAUCAGUGCGAGAGUCACCUGGCCAGCACAGACUGUCCAUCAUUUCCAAUGGCAGUUUUCCAUCAGCAGUUGGGGGAAAGGAUAAAGAGGAGGGAAAGAGGGACUGGGCAGAGGUGGCAGUGGACAUGGGCCCCAUAGACCCUGCAGAAGGGGACAAGAUUUUAGUUCGAGAGGAAUUUGAGGCCAGCCUGAUGGAAGCUGGUCUAGAAAUGGAACGAGAUAAAGAGACAAAGACCCAUGGUCACGCGUUUAUCCGACUGCACGCACCUUGGCUGGUUCUGUGUAGAGAGGCAGAGUUUCUCAAGAUUAAAGUGCCCACCAAGAAGAGUUAUGAACUGAAGGAGGAGACAGGUCUGAGUGCAACGAUGAGUAAUGUGUGGCGUAAACUCAAUCAGCCCUUCCAACCCAACGUCCCACUGCAUGAGCACAGCCGAACCAAGUUCCUCUCCCACUGCUUCUCCCGAGACAAACUCCAUCUGUACAACAUAAAGUCCAAGGACACAUUCUUUGACAAUGCUACGAGGAGUCGAAUUGUGUAUGAGAUUCUUAGACGCACAGCAUGCACACGGACUUGCCAAACCAUGGGUAUCACCACUCUGAUAGCUAAAGGGGUGUACGACUCAGCCUUUCCUCUUCACGAUGGAGACUUCAAGGACUCUGGGCAAGAACAGGGAAAAAAUGAUAGACAGGUUUUACACGAUGAGUGGGCAAGAUAUGGAGCUUUUUACAAGUAUCAGCCUCUGGAUCUCAUCAGAAAGUACUUUGGAGAGAAGAUUGGCCUGUAUUUUGCCUGGCUUGGGGUGUACACACAGCUUCUGAUACCUGCCUCAGUGGUGGGAAUUAUUGUUUUCUUCUAUGGCUUGGCCACCCUUGACACCAAUGUGCCCAGUCUGGAGAUGUGUGAUGAGAAUAAGAACUUUACUAUGUGCCCGCUGUGUGAUGGGGCAUGUGAUUACUGGCUCCUGAAUACGGCGUGUGGCACUGCCCGUGCCAGCCACCUUUUCGACAACCCUGCCACUGUCUUUUUUGCCAUCUUCAUGUCUCUCUGGGCGGCCAUGUUUCUGGAGCACUGGAAGAGGAGGCAGAUCAGUCUCAACUACAGCUGGGACCUGACAGGAAUGGAGGAGGAGGAGGAACACCCCAGACCCAAAUAUGAAACCUUCCUCCUUCAGAAAAGGCAGAGGAAGAAGAGGAAGAUUAAAAAGAACAAGAACGAGCCUGUGAAGUGUGUGGAGGAGAACACAGAUGCUAGCAGGGACAAAUGGAGACAGAGGUUGUUGUCUGCCAUGGCCACAGGGAACAUGUCCGCUCAGGAGAAGCUAACAUGGAGAGACAGGUUGCCUGGAUACCUUAUAAACAUCUCUUCCAUCCUCCUCAUGUUUGGCAUGACGUUUUCUGCUGUAUUUGGUGUGAUCAUCUAUCGCAUCACUGUCUCUGCCCUCAUGGCUAUGAGUUCAGACCCUGAGACCAAGUCCAACGUGAGAGUGACAGUGACAGCCACCGCUGUCAUCAUCAAUCUGGUCGUCAUCCUCAUCCUGGAUGAGAUCUAUGGAGCCGUGGCCGUCUGGCUGACUGAGCUAGAAAUCCCAAAGACGGAGACCAACUUUGAGGAGCGUCUGAUUAUUAAAGCAUUCCUCCUUAAAUUCAUGAAUGCCUAUGCUCCCAUCUUCUAUGUCGCCUUUUUCAAGGGCAGGUUUGCAGGACGGCCUGGGGACUACGUCUACGUUUUCAAUGACUACAGAAUGGAGGAGUGUGCUCCUGGUGGCUGUCUGAUUGAGCUCUGUAUCCAGCUCAGCAUCAUCAUGUUGGGGAAGCAGCUCAUUCAGAACAACAUCUUUGAGAUUGGCAUCCCAAAGCUGAAGAAACUGUGUAGGACACUGAAAGAUAAGGACCGGGCGCUAGUGGAAAACACUGAUCAUCAGCACCGUCCACCACAGCAGUGGACUCUGGACUAUGAUCUGGAGCCUUUCGAGGGUCUCACACCAGAGUACAUGGAAAUGAUUAUCCAGUUUGGAUUUGUCUCACUCUUCGUGGCUUCCUUUCCUCUGGCACCACUAUUUGCUCUUCUAAAUAACGUCAUAGAAAUCCGACUGGAUGCCAAGAAGUUUGUGACAGAACUACGCAGACCAGAUGCUGUGCGGGCCAAAGACAUCGGCACGUGGUACAACAUCCUCAGCGGAAUGGGCAAGUUUUCUGUCAUCAUUAACGCUUUUGUCAUCUCCUUCACGUCAGACUUCAUCCCGCGUCUGGUGUAUCAGUACAUGUACAGUGAGACUGGCACCAUGCACGGCUUCAUCGAUCACACCCUCUCCUACUUCAAUGUCAGUCACUUCAAAGCGGGAACAGCCCCCUCCUCUUCUGAGUUCGGCUCACAAGUCACUGUUUGCAGAUAUAAAGACUACAGGGAACCACCCUGGUCACCUGAUGCCUACCAAUUCUCUAAGCAGUAUUGGUCAGUGCUGGCUGCACGGCUAGCUUUUGUCAUUUUGUUCCAGAACCUGGUGAUGUUCAUGAGUAUGCUGGUGGCUUGGCUCAUCCCAGACGUGCCCAAAAAUAUCAGUGAGCAGCUGAAAAAAGAGAAAACUCUCCUGGUGGAUGUUUUUCUACAUGAAGAGAAAGAGAAGCUCCAACUCAUCCAAAACCUCUUCACCAAGGACCCCACUCACUCAGUCUUGCCAGAGCAGCCUCUGCUGCCACACCAGACCCAGACUGAUCAUGGGCAGGGCUUGACCACGGCUGGCUCUGGAGCGCCACGGACCCGAGCUCGGGCCGCGAGCUUCAGCCAGUUCACCCGCCAGAUGUCCAUGUCCCCUCGCACAGAGACUCCCAAACACACUGCAGUGUGA